GGACCGUAUAUGCAUCAAAGUUUUACAUCGGAUUAAUCAGAUUACAUGUUCCUGGAUCAAUUUGCACGCACUGCAUAGUUCUUGUACUACGGAUGCGAUUUACUCAAAAAGAAAGGCCAAAGGGGUAAAAUCUCCAACAAAAUCGCCAACGGAGGUUUGUGCUAGCCAUUCCGCAUCUCCGCCGCGCCGUCGCUAUGGCUGGCGAGAGGUCUCCAGCCCAGCUGCCGCCGGCGAAGCGCCGGAAGAAAUCAAGCCCCACUACCACCAGCAGCACCACCAUCCACUCCCUCACCGACGACCUCCUGCUCCGGAUCUUCCUCCGCCUCCCCUCCCUCGCGACGCUCGUCCGCGCCGCCCUCGCUUGCCGGCCGUGGUGCCGCGCGGUGGCCUCCUCCCCGGCCUUCCGCCGCCGAUUCCGCGAGCUCCACCCAGCGCCCCUCCUCGGUCUCUUCUUCGGCCCCCCCACCGCCGUCCAAGACCCACUGCUCCCGGCGUUCCCCUCCUUCGUCCCCGCCCGCCGCCGCGACCGGGACCUGGGCGCCGCCCUCCGCGGUGGCGACUUCUUCCUGACAUCCAUCCAGGAGCACCCUGACAAGGCCCACUCCUGGGAUAUCCUCGACUGCCGCGGCGGGUACGUCCUCCUCUGUAACGGUGACCAGUUCAGUGCGCAGGCAAUGGCGGUUGUGAAUCCAUUGGCACGACAGAGCCAACGGUUCUUUGAUGACAGUCCCAAGGACGCCUCUGAAGGUUGCCGUGGAACCCCCGUUGAGCGCAGCGCCUGCUUGCUCUGCUCCGACGAAGACCCCACGUCGUUCCGAGUGGUGGCUCUUACCCACGACGAGUCCAGGGUGCGGGCUACUGUCUUCUCCUCUGACACCGGGGAGUGGAAAAUUCACCCAUGGGUGGAUGUCCCAGGGCGGCCACGGCGUUCAAAAGUGUGGCUUCUGAACGGCAACAUGCAAUCCAAUGGGUUCUUGUACUGGGUUUAUAAGAAUCACAAGUAUAUCAUCACCCUGAACACGGCGACAAUGAGGUUCUCGGUCGAGGAGCUCCCCCAAUUCCUGAAGAAUCGGUGCUGUAGCUUCGAUGUUGGUGAAACAAACAGUGGUGAGCGUUGUAUUGUCUAUGCUGUUGACUUCACAAUUGGUGUGAUGUUGCGAAGAACGGAUAGUGAUGGCGUUGAGAAGUGGAUGCUGUACAGGGCCACCCCAUUAGAUACACAGCUUGAUGGGGUUCUAAGGAAACUGAAGGGCAACUAUAAUGAGCUGCUUGUCGUGGCAGUCAGGGAUGGCUUUGCAUACUUGGCAACUUCAAAGAAUGUCUAUGAUCCCCAGAACCCAAGUUGGUUUUUGUCCCUCUGCCUGGAAACAAUGAAACUGGAGAAUCUGUUUCAGAGGCCAUAUAAUAGUGGUGGACACCCUUAUGUUAUGGCAUGGCCUCCUUGUUUAGUUCGUAACUAUGGGAGGCUUGCACUAGAAGAUGGUACAUGAAGUGCAUAACAGGCCGUCAAUUAUGUGAGGAGGAAGAGAAGAAGCUAGUAAAAUUAACUUCAUAUUUUCUUUUGACUAUUAAAUCAGCAUGCCAGAUGUCAUGAGACCAUGUUCUUUGAAGCUGCAUCGUGCUGAAGGGUCUGAUUAGGUUCUAGUCUCUAGUCAAUCUCAUAACUUUAUCAUUUGCACUGUUUGUUUGUUUACCUUUAGUUAGCACUUCUCAAUAGUGGUAUAAUAACUUCUGAACAUGGUUCCAUUUCUUGUGUUCACUGUGGCGUCAUCUUUAGCUGUUCUGUUAUUGUCU